AUGAUUAAGCCUGAAAAGCGAAUAUCACCGAGUUAUAGAAAAGUCGACUUGUCGGCUGAGCAAGAAAGCGCCGUUCAGUUUUUGUUGAAGCAAAAUGAAAUCAGGAGCGCUCCAAGAAUUCCGCAGACAACGACGAUCGUCCUCGACGGGCGCAACAGCUCAGUUGUUCUCAACAGUUCGCCACUCAGCCGCCCAAUGUCUGUUCGCUCGAGCAAGGGCGCGCAGAGUCCGUACGGAUUCUCUUACGGACAGUUCACGAAGACGCAGGCGGAGAAUGUUAUUGUCAAUCAACCGCUGACGCGAAAAAAUUGCCGAAAAAUUGAAAGCCGCUGUGUUUGCUGCUGGAAUUGUUGCUACUGCUUUUGCUGUUGGAAGAAAGAAACGACGGUCAAGUUUUGUACAUUUUGCUGA